UUAUAGGCAUCGCUGUGAGGAGGGUGUCAAACAUCCCAUAACCUUAGCGGCGUUUUGGUUGUACGAACACGAGUGAUAACGUGGUGGCGUAAGGGGGGGGCGGCGACCCUAGUGACACUUGGAUAACACAUUGUGACGUCCGUGUUUGUGCUGCGCGGGGAGGAUCUACGUGGAUUUAGCAAAAGACGAGAUUUCUCCUGCCGGUGCUGAUGAACUGAAGGAAAAGGGAAACGAGGCCAAAAGCCGUGCGUGAUGGAGGCGUGGGUGGCGGCCGUGCUGGUGGGCGCGGUGGUCGGCGUGGCGGCGGCGGAGGUGCCGUGCGUGGAGAUGGACAGGCGACUCACGCUCCCCUGCCUCUGCUCCACGCGUGACGCCAACAUAUCCAUCAACUGCGACAACGUGGCCUUCCCGGGAGACUUUCCAUUACUGCCCUUCAAGAUGAACAUCGUCGGGUUCUCGCAGAGGAACGCCGGGAUCCAGGCUCUGCGGGGACAGCUCUUCACCGCCUCAGACCUUCCCCUCAGGAAAGUGGACUUCUCCCGCAAUGCCAUCCGGCGCCUCAAUGUGGAUGUGCUGGAGGGCCUCGAGCCGCACCUGCUGGAGCUGCACCUUGACCACAACCUCCUUGGCAACAACUACAACCCGAGCUUCUCUUUCACUGAGGUGGCCAAGCUCACGGCACUGCAGACGCUAAACUUGGCCUUUAAUCACAUUCGAGAGUUGGAUGUGGGCUUCCUUUCUACACUGGAAAGCCUGGAGGUGCUGCAUCUGGAAGGGAACAGCUUCCUGACCAUGCCCACAACUGCUCUCAAAGGGCUAGACAAGCUCAAAGUCCUUACGCUGCAGGAAAAUGACAUAGAUAUAAUUAAGAAGUCAGCCCUGAUGGAGACUCCCAGCCUGGUCUUCUUGAAUGUGUCACACAACCGAAUUGUCAACGUUGAAGUGGAUGCUUUCAUGGAGCUCUCACAACUUGUCACUCUUGACCUCUCAUAUAACAGACUCUCCACCCUGCAAGCUGGGACUUUCAAUGGACUAAGCAACCUUGAGGAGUUGGAUGCAUCUUCCAACUUCUUGAUGGAGGUUCCUGCCGAUGCCCUGAAGGAGCUGAGCAAGUUGAGGACACUGGUGCUGCAUGACAAUCUCAUACAGACCCUUGGGGGUGUUGUGGCACUGGGUCCCAUGGCCAGUAUCCAGCACUUGGAUCUGACUCGCAACAACAUUGGAGAACUCCCAACUGGGACCUUCAGGCAACUUUCUGGACUCAAAACACUCAAGCUGGCUGUGAACUCCAUGAGACAGGUGGAUGAAGAUGCGUUUGAUGGAUUGUCCUCAUUAGAGACACUUCAUUUGGAUGAUGACAAUAUUCUCUCCAUACCCUGGACAGCCUUAGCUAAGGUGAGAACACUGACAUGGCUGACGCUGGACUACAAUCGUGUCGGGGUCAUCUCAUCAGACAGCCUACAAACCCUAACUGGCCUCCACCGCCUAUCCAUUGCUCACAACAUCAUCCGUGAGCUGCCACCAGGAACAUUCUCAAACUUCACAGCCUUGCAAAGCUUGAAUCUGUAUGGAAAUCAGCUCCAGAACAUUAUUCCUGAAAGCUUAGUUGGCCUACGGAGCAGCUUGAAAGCACUGAAUCUUGGUCUGAAUCGCCUCAGUGAGCUUCCACAGUUUGACUUUCCGUUACUAGAUUCCCUGAUAUUGUCUAGAAACAACAUAACCAUCCUUCCAUCAGAUGUUUUUGUUCUGUUGCCUGAGCUCAAGAUGCUUGACCUGAGUGAGAACCAUCUUUCUUCUCUGCCUGUCACCCUCUUUUAUCCCGUAAGAAAGCUCUCCACUCUUGAUCUUAGCAAAAAUCAGAUCUCUGAAAUUCGUUCAGGACAAUUUAAUGAAUCUUUCAUCAAUGUUAUAAACCUUCAAGAUAAUAAGAUACAGGAGAUUCCAAAUGAGGCUUUCAAGGACUUGCUGUUCUUGCAUACACUCGACCUGAGCCAGAACAUGAUAAGGAGUAUCAGUGAUGCUGCUUUUCUGAAUAUUCCACUAAUUCACAUACUGCGUCUGAAUAAGAAUAUGCUUCCAUCUUUCAAGAAAGAGUAUUUUAAGCUCACAAUACCAGCACCAGCUACAGAACUGAGAAUUUUAGACUUGAGCAACAAUGACAUCACUUUCCUGCAGACUCAAGCCUUUAAACUGCAUAAAAAACUUUCCUGGCUUAGCCUUGCUCACAACAGACUUACAUUCUUCCCAGCAGAAAUUGUUAAUGACCUCACUGAGUUGGAACAUCUUGAUGUUGAGGGCAACCAAAUAGAAAGACUAGAAGAUAAUGACUUUUCUAAUUCCCCACGUCUACGAGAGCUGAACCUUCAGAACAACAUUAUUGAAUUAGUAUCGGAAACUGCAUUCCAGAAUUCAACUCAGCUUCAGGAUCUCAAUUUGAGUCACAAUAAUAUUCAGGAACUUCCCGAAGAUGUGUUUUUGGGCAUUGCUCGUCUUCAUUUGGACCUGAGUCACAAUAAGCUCAUGUCAUUUCCAAAAAUGAUAUUCCAGCGAACAAAACUUCACAAACUCCACUCAAUAAAUCUGGCCUACAACUUGUUUGAAAAGGUGCCUGUGGAAACCUUGAGGCAGCAGUACUUUUUCCUGACUUCACUGAAUAUGGCCCACAACAACAUCAGUGGUGUGCCAAGCAAUGCAGCUAUCCUGGUAAAUAUAAAGGAUCUUGACUUAUCUUACAAUCCAUUGACUCCAGAAGAUAUCUUUACAUUGCUAAAUGAGCCAAAGACUGUGCGCCAUUUGAGUCUUGCAGGAACAAAUGUAACAGAAAUACCAAUAAUCGAAGCAAGAUUUUUGUUGUCUCUAAACCUAUCCGACAACAAUAUUAUUGAGAUCAAGGAAUCUUCCUUCCAAUUGACCCAAAACCUACAAGAACUUGACAUGUCAAAAAACAACAUACCAAAUCUCAGCUAUGGAUUGGCCAUGGCCUGGCCCAAGGUACCAGACCUCAGGAAGUUGGAUAUUUCCUACAAUCCUCUUGCUUACAUUGUUCGUGGUGACUUCAACUACCUCAGUAACCUUGAAGUCCUACGAGCCUCCCAUCUCUCAAGUGUGAACCGCAUAGAGCGCUUGGCCCUCAACCCCCUGCGUUCACUCAGAGAGCUUUACUUGCACACGCUACCCAAGAUUGCUGUACUGGAUGUGAGAGGUAUCUUGGAGGGUCAUCCAGGCUUAGAAGUUGUGGAUAUUGAGUUGACAGAUAGAGAAGUACAUGACCAGCUCCAUCCAGCCUUCUAUCCAAGGUUACGUAGUCUUACUGUUCGGGGCCGCUCAGUGGAAGCCUUGUCUGGAGGUGCCUUUGCUGGUAUCAACAGUCCAGAGUUAACAAUUGGACUUGUUAAUACAAACAUCAGUAAUUUGUUGUCAAAUUUCUUUUUCCCAGUUCCAAUGUCCUCCAAAAUUGUCUUAGACAUUUCAGAUUCUGCAAUCACUUCUCUCAGUCCCCAAUUCCUGAGCACACUUGAUUCAAAGCAGCGCCACUUGAGCCUUUCUGGACUCAACUCCAACCCACUGUUUUGUGAUUGCAACAUACGAACUCUUAGACGCUGGCUGGUGGCCCGAGGACCCAGAGAUAGUCUAUAUAAUGUAACCUGUGAUGCCCCAGCAACCCUGAAUGGCACUAUUUUGACCUCAUUAGGGGAGUCAGACCUGACAUGUGAAGGUCGACCCACAACCACAACCACUGACCCUCCACUCUUCACUACAACUAGACGAAGGCCAACCACUACUGACAGCAUUAUAACGUACGAUGAUGUGACAAAACGAACAAAAUAUGACAAAGAAGAAGUAAAGGAUUCAAACACUCCUUCACGUUCUGGCCUCACAAACAUGGACACAGUUAUCAUUGGUAUUGUGGGAGGUGUUGUAGCAUUUGUUGCAAUACUUAUCAUUAUCAUAUGCCUCAUUCGCCUUCGCUCAGAUUCUCAGUAUCGUGGGGGCCCAAUGGCUGGUCCAUUAGCAAUGAGAAACCAUGGAAAUUGUACUUGUCUCAAACCUCCUCAACCACCUGGCAGUUGGGGAGGAUAUCCAGGGCCUUACGCUGCAACCUUGCCUCCACCACCUUCUUCUCGAGCUGGAACCCUUAAAAUGCUCCCUCCACCAGCCACACCAAUUCCCUCAGCCUAUGGAACAGUGGGUGCAAACAGUGGGCGAGGAUAUUACCCUAGUCACUCAUACUACAUGGGCUAUCCACCAGAGAGUGAACAUGAACACCGGUAGACAUGAGAGUUGAGGCAGAACAGAUUGCCUCAGCUGUGUAUUCUUUUCUCAAUCAGUUUGGCUAGUAUGUGCCAUCCUUGGGCCUUCUCAGAGUGCCCUGCCUCCUUCAGCCCCACUGACAUGCUCAUGCCUGUGCCUAAUUUUAUUUGGCAUAUUUUUAUCUCAUUUAAGGUGUGAUUUUCUUUUACAACCCUGACAACUUGAUUACCCUUGGGCUGCAUGAUGUAUAUAAAUUUCAUGGUAUGUAUGUGCUAUUGUAAGUGUAAGUUUCUGUAGUAUGUUUGUGCUUUUGUAAUUAUAAAGCUAUAGAGAAUGCAUGUGCAGUUGUAAUUGAGUAUGUUAUGAGUGACUUUUAAGAAUAGAUUUAUUCAUUCAAAUGUAAGCUGUCUUAACAGAUUGUGAUCACAGCCAUGGCUCAAAUUCAUCACUGUAAUUUGUUUGUUUUUUAUUGAAUGUUUCACACAUGGAUGUAGUGAUGGCAGCUACAUGAUUAGCCUCCUGGCAGCUGAUAUCUAGAGAGUGGAUAUGUAGGCGAGAAAUGUCUACACUUUUGUGCAAUCUGUGGGGUAGCUGGGUGAUUUAUUUUUCAUAAUUAUGUGUAUUAUAGUAUGUGAAGACAAACAUACAUUACUUAAUAACAACUUACUCAUGUUAAGAAUAUAGAACAGGUGUGUGUAUGCAAUAUACUUGAAAGGUUUGAAACCAUCUUUCAAAGAGUUAAAUCAUUUAUAUUUGUUACUCAACAGUCUUCAUAUAUGUAUCACAAUCAUGAAGGCUUCUCACAUGAAACCAGAUAAGUACGGUAAAUUGUAAAGAUCCCUAAUUUGCUGUGAAACUAAUUAAUAUAAUUAGCAUUUCAAAUUAACAGAUUUACAAAUACAAUAAGACCCUGUUGUAUAUGUGACUUUAGGAACACACCCUAUCUCAAAAGUCAGGUUGAGAAAGUCAGACCAUAUUAGCUGUAUACUAAUGGUGAAUGAAAAGCACCAUAUAUCAAACCUAUGUCCUAUGUUUAGUGUAACUGAAAUUUAAACUUGUUAAAGGUCUCAGUCUGUAAAUUCUAUAUAUAUAUUUUUUUUUCAUAAAAUAAUACAGUCGUGUUCAAUUAUAAGAUGAGAUAGAUUUUCAAGCUCAAACUUCCACAAUAAGAAAAUUCAAAUAAUGAAUUAUUGUGUGUGUUAUGAUAAUCUGUGUAAUGUCAAUAUUUGUUUAAUUUAUUUAUUGUUUUUCAUUUCACAAAACUUUUUUUUUUCUUGAUUAUUUUAUAGCAGAAAAGUAAUGGAUCCACACUGUUGGUAAGUCUUUUGUAAGUUAUUCUGUAUGAAGUUAACAUUACAUUACAUGUACAUAGCUUCACAUGUAUACACAUUAAUCUGUUCCCUGUGUUGAUGCAUCCAGAGUUGUGCCUCAAUAUGACUAUUUUUUUUAGGUGUAAUAUUUUGUUACAAAUGCUGAAAACUAUAAAAACUGGACUGCUGAAAUAUUUUUGUACAAUGACAUCAGUAAUAAUGAUUGAAAUUAUUU